AAAAGUUCUUCCACCUCCAUCCAACCUAGACUUUUCAUUUGUCCAAAUCUGCACCCUGAACUGGACGUGGACAGCCCCGGAGAACGUCAGCAGUAGCUGCAAUCUGGAAUACUCCAGUGACAUCGUCAUCAAUGAGGUCCCGCAGGACAAAAGAGAAUGGAGUAAAAGUCUCUUCCGUGUGACUGAUAUGUUCCUGAGUGAGGAGAUGCGUUUCAAAGUGAGAAGUGAAUGCAAGUAUGAUAACACAAGUGAGCCAAGCAGAUGGGUGGAGACUUCUGUUCGGCCAAAAGGUGUUCUGGGUACUGCUGCUAUGGACUUGGAGUGCAUCUGGCACAAUUUGGAGUAUAUGGAUUGUAGGUGGUUUGCUGGGAAGAACGCACGUAGUGAUACCAAGUAUACUUUGUUCUACUGGUAUGAUGGCUUGAAAAGUCCUAAGAAGUGCAGCAAUUAUUCUGUGCAUGAAAGAAUCUUUGGAUGCAUUUUCAAUCUGACCUUCCCAAAGGUCACCAAUACUUAUCCAACUAUCAGUAUUUUGAUUAAAGGUGAUUCGGAGGAAAUUAGGCCUGUGUGUGCAAGUAAAAAUCCUACCACCCUUGUAAAACCUGCUACCCCCAAAACAGUUAGACUAUCAAAGGUUAACAAUGACAUACAUCUAGAAUGGAGCAAAUCAGACACCUUUCCAGCAAAUUGUCUAUAUUAUGAAGUGAAGUACCACAAUAGUGAUCUGAACACACCUCAGAUAAUUAAAGUUGAAUAUAAUCAUACUUCAAUUCCCAGUGUUGAUCCUAAUACCAAGUACACCUUCAGUGUGAGAGCAAAACCAAAGCCCGAGUGCUACAGCAGCAAGCUCCAUAGUGACUGGAGUGAAGAAAAGAGUAUUGGUAAAAAGCCAGACUCUACACUCUAUUUUGUUUUAAUAAUCACCAUUCCAUUAAUAGUAGCAGUAUCUACGAUAAUUCUACUUUUUUACCUAAAAAGGCUGAAGAUAUUAAUCCUUCCACCAAUUCCUGACCCUCGAGAAAUUCUUAAGCGUAUGUUUGGAGAGCAGAAUGAGGAUUCCCAGACCUGUGCAAAAGAUGAUUCUGUGAACGCUUACAACAGGUUAAUUAAGGAAGAAGAAAUUCAUUCUUUAGUUUUAACAGAAACUCUAGAGUGCUCUUAUUCUGAAAAUGAAAACCGAUAAACUGUCAUUACCAACGAAAGAUGAGGAAAGACUUUUCUUCAUGCUCCCUUACCUCAGGUGACAACAUAGAUGUGAACUGGCCUGCAAGACAUUCACCAGCUUACUGAGUCCUUCCUGAACCUUCUCAUUUGUUAGAUGCUCAGAAGAAACAUCACUGACAUUGGCCAUUCCUCCAUCUCUGCUAGAAAUACUCAUCUUGGAUCUUUCAAGAUGAGCGUGUACAUAAAUUUCAUCUGUUGACUGCAUUGCAGCAUCUCUCAUCCUGGCACAGGCCAGCUCUGACCUGCCGCCUGUUGUUUACACUCCUGUUUGUGCCUCCUGUUAGACUCUAAACGGACUUUUUUUGGAGCAGGCGCUGUGACUUCGCUGAAGUACGCGAUUCUGUUUUGCAGCAGGUGAGACAUGGCUCAUUACUGCUACUAUGUGGAAGCGCUGCCAGAGAGGAUGCCGGAGCAGAUGCAUCAUUUGUGAAUGGCCUCUUCCCCAGUGGCUGGGCAGGGUGCUGGGUGCUUUCCAGAGGACAUUUAUGAUCUUCAGAAGGUUCUGGUUGAUAUGCUUCAGCUGUGGACUGAUCAAAACCAAUAAAAGAGAGGGGUUUUUUUCUUUAAAAGUGUAUAUGAAAAUCCUCUUCACCUUCCAGUGGUGUUCAGACUAUUCAUAAAACAGCUUUACUUUUUUUGUAUUAUUUUAUUAUCCUUUCAAGUGCCUGUCCUCAGGCCUUUUACCUUGCCUCCAUGAACUAUUUGAGUUAAUUAUACUUUGUUUUAAAUGAUAAAUAGGAUUCUUUACCUGUGUUGUGCUGUGGCUGAUGACUCUGUAUUGAAUCUCACCUGACCAUGAUUCUACUUUGGCCAUAUUGGCCUGAAAUCAUCUGAAUUUGGAAGCUAAGUCAUCCUGAGUCUGUCUAGCAAAAUUACCAGAUAGUGGAUACGUGAGUCUAAGGAGCCAUGGCCUCAUGCUUAGCACAUGCUAAACCACAGAAACUGAAUGAAUUCAAAGACUUUAAGACCCAUCCUCACUGCUGAGCUGAUGGGUUUGGUGAAAGAGGGGAUGAAAACCCCAGCUUACUUUCUGGGGGGCAAGCUUUAUUCUUUCUCUAAUGAUGAGGCUGUGAUUUGAACUUCCUCUCUUGGAACUCGGCAAUUUAAAAGUAAGGUGCUGAUUUGACUUUUUCAUGUUUUUGUCCUACGUUUGCUGCAGCAGCUGAUUUUUUUCUUUUUUUUUUUUUUGUCUUCUAAAUCGCAAAUUGGUUGGUUCAUUUUCCUCAUGGUUUCAUUUGGAAGUGCUUUACCCAGCAGAGUUCAACGGAAGGUUUCUGGCACAACUGUGAAAUUGCUCUGCUCGCAAUUGUGAGCGCUAGUCUGUACCCUGUGCUGCAAGGAUGUUAACAGCAGCACCUUGACUGGGCUCUGACAAGGGAGGUAGAAACUAAUGGGGAGAAGGGGAUUUGUGCAGGCUGGUUAUAGUCAGCAGUUCAGGAAUUGCUUGCUCCUCACAGUUUUCCGUGCAGGAAAGUGCGUGCAAGUUGAGACCGGCAAUCUCAGCAGCCUGGGAGCAGAUCCCCCCCCGAAGUUUGCUAAGGACAACUUCUCUCGCCACUAACUUAGCUUUUACAAGGCAGCUCUGUCCUCAAAUUGGGUUCAGUCAAAAAUCUGAAGGGAAGUACUACUUUUUUUGGAACAUCCUGUGCUGUGAGAAGUGGGACUGGAGGAGCUUGGCCUUUCAGCUACAAAUGUGCAUCCCCUACCCCCUCUGUGUUCCCUGUCUUAAUAAAUCCAGUUACUUUCCCUCGAGCCUGUCAAAAAUAAUUGCCCCCACAUCUCUCGCCUACCUCUAGCGACUGGUGGUAGAACUGGGAGGAGAAAUGUAGCAGAACUAAGAGGCCACAUAGGAGCUUAUAUCUUUUACUUAAAAUCAGGCUCCAAAAAAAGACACGAGAAUUGGUUAAUGAAGCAAAACAAACUUAAAGUCUCAGGGAUUUCAGUGAGAUGUAACAAAACUCAGGUUAUACAAAAUCAGCUAGCAGGAGUAUUUGAUGAUCCAGAGGUAGAGGAACAGUGUGGGACAACGAGUUAUUUAAUUCCUUUGCCAACUUAACUCCCUCCCCUCCCCCAACUUUCGUAUUAUAAUGGAGAUAGAAAUAUUUCUCAAAUCUACCUCAUCUAGAAUGUUGCUAAUUGUAGAUCACUAGACAAACAGAAAUGUGUUCUUUCAAUAUAAGGAAGCAUAAUAGUGUAAUAUAAAGCUUUAUGGCUUUCAGUAAAACAACCGAGGAAGAAGAUCCUUAGUACUUUGCCCUAAAUUCUUUUGGCUCUGUUUUGGUGUGGAUAACAAAUCAAAGCGUGCUUUUGUAAAAAACAAGCAAAACAAAUUCAUAAAGCAAAAGGAAGAGAAGGCCAGACUGAAAGGGCUAGGCUAAGGGAAGGUUCAAAUGCAAAGGAUGAGAUGGCAAUAAAAAUGGUUUGAGUUUUCUGAGUAACAGUUAUUGAUAUUCUUCCUAACAGAUGGCUUUCUUGAGUCUGUGUUUUGGCAUGUAAAGCAAGCGUCUCAGUAUAUGUUAAUCUUUAAAUUCUCUUGUUUAUGGUUUUUUUUUGUUUUCUUAGCUUGAAAUUUUCUUGGUUGUACUGACGUGCGUUUGUUCUUCAGUGCAGUUACUUGAUUUGUAAGUUUGUUUAAAGAAUGAAUAAAUGUUUGAAUGUUUUUUGGUAAAAUUGCAUGGUGUUCUGUUGUUGUGUUGUGAAGAUA